GUGUGCAUUGCAUUGCGCUUUUCUGUUGUCUUCGUCGGCUCUUGCUCUCAAGCCGAGUCGCCAUGCUUUCAGCUCCCCAGCUGCUGCUCCACGCUUCGCUCCUGUGCUUCCAUGUUCCUCGUUCGCUUGGAUUGCCUUCGAUUCCCUUCGCGUUGCGGAGGAGGUUCGCUUCGCGUUUCGUGUGGUUUUGAGAGGUUGGUUCCCCCGUGAAUCGUUCCUUGGGCCAUUCCGCGAGGCUUUAUUAGAGGAGUGGUGGUUUUAUUUUUGGGUUUGUUUCGCGAGGCGGUCAACUGGGGGAUUUUGGUUUGCUGGGAAGGUUUGCGCUGGCUGGGCUGGGUCGAUUGAGCUGCUGAGCCGGUAGCGUUGUGACCCGCUGUGCGUGGUGUCGAGAGUGGAACGAUUUUGAUGCCGGCGUUUGAAGCCGGUGUUAAACGUUUGGAUCCUUCCUUCUAUUUUAUAUGAGCGUUUAGGCUUUUUUGGGGCGUGUUUUGGAGUUUCGAAGAGAAUGUUCGGGAUUUGAAGUGUUGCGUGGCCUUUAUCUGCUGCGCGAUCUCUUUUCGUCUUGGUGUUUUUUAGAGGAAUUAUUAGACUAGCGAGAAUAUGACGACGAUUCUUAAAAGAUAGUUUCGGUAGGCUGUGUAUAUGACAGGGUCUGGAAUUUAAGAUUUUUAGACGAGUGUUUUUGAAGGUGAUAGUUGUAAGAGUAACUCGAGAUUCCUUUGGGUUUUUUUUUUUGGGUUUAAAUAUUCUAUCUUCUUCUUCUUAUUCUUCUCUUCUCCUUCUUUUCCCAAUCUUGACGUUACUAUUGCAACCUUCGAUCCUUGUUGUGUAUAUGUCUGUUUGAUUGUUUGUUUGUUUGCGUGUUUUUUCGGGGUGAUCUCGAAGUGGUUUUAGUAUCCCGUCUUCUUUUUCUGGAAAUUCAAUUCACGAACGAACAAUUACCCCUCUCUUGUACCAUCCCCGAACCGAUCCAGCUACUGACGACGAAUUACAAAUUUAAUCACUGUUUUCCCUUUUCAUAUCUUACAAGACCUGGUGCCGAUGCGUAGCAUGAUGUCUUGUUGAGAGGCGCAGAGAAUUAAAGUUCUUUCAUACGUGGCCAGAAUCCUAAGGCAUGCUUUAGGAAACGAGCAUGUGUAACUAUUUAUCUGAAGACUACUACUACUUUUUUCUUUUCAAGCGACAUAAUAUGUUCCUUUGGAGACGGAGAUGAUAGACACCCUAAAAGUUGAGACGUGAAUACCACAGCCUUCAUAAAUUAGAAUUCUAUCGAGUUAUACGCAUUGGCUGGUGUGCAACAACACUACCCUGGGAGCAUGUUGCGUCCAGAAUUGAACGAGCGAUGCAGAGUGCGUUUUGAAACAGUAGUAGGGUCGCACAAUAGCAGCGCGGAGCUCAAUAAUGUUCAGGUUAGGGGAACAUCUGAAGGUUCACAUCAGUGGCUCGAGCGCACUGCAGCAGACGUAAUUAUCAGAGCAAGAGAGUCACCCUUUCGAGUUUCAAUACCAGGGAACAUUCGAAUGCAACAGUUUGGAGCAAUGCUUGCAUCUGUGGCUUCUUUGUGUCCGGUCAAUGCGAAACAACAUACGAGCAACUAUGCGUCAGAUUCGUGUGCUCGUAACUGUGAAGUCAUGGACUCCUCUGGCUACUCCGGCGAAUCCUCUGAAAGCUCAACUAUGUCUGAUGGGGACUCUGUAAAUAUUAACGAUAGUCAGCCUUUGCUGAGGAGUACGUCGAGGGCCUCAGGUAUCAUAAAAAAUAAGAUGUGUUCUGAAAGAAAGGGAGCACAGGUGCAUGCGUCGAGUGGAUCGAUGUUAGAGGAGAAUGAGGGCGAGAAUGAGGUCGACGAAGGUGUGAAUACUAUGCCCGAGAGUCCUACGAGAGUUUCUGAUUCUGAAACUCACUCGAUUCAAAAAGAGCGUGAGUCAGCAGCAACGACAUGGACUGAUGACAAGCACAGCUCAUUCUUGGAUUCCAUGGAGGCAACAUUUGUCAGAAGCUUGUUUGGCCAGCAGGGGCUCGGUCACUUGGGCAUCCAUGGGAAUUCAGCUCAGCUUGAUGACUCGGAACAAGAUUGUGUGGAGUCUCGACCAGUUGAUGAUUAUGGCAUAUCUCAUCGUACUGAGCUUUUCGAGUUAAUGCAAGGAGGACAACAGCAGUCAUAUUAUACGUCACAUGGGCCAUCUUCUGCCCCUGCUGUCUUCGCCAACCCUUGGGUUCGGCAUUUCAAGCCAAAAGUAUCGAGGUCUGAACAUGGAUAUAAUCUUCCAUUAUCUGCUCCAGUGGACGUUACUGAUGCUCAUGUCAAGGAAGUCUCUGCGGCCAUUGACGUGACUGAGGCGAAUUUGACUUACAUUGAAAGGGAUCGGAGCACUCUCGACGCUAUUACAUUAGAUUGUGAUGUUGAAAACAAAGAGGAGAGUGGAGCUAGUGAGGAUGUUGUUUACAAUUAUCCCCAGUGCGGCGCUGAGGUUCUUGAGAUAGAUCAGGGCUUACGAUUAUGGCAAAGUCGUUUACACAAAGGUGGACAAACGAUGGCUAAUCCUAGUAACAGGAAAGACAUGGCGAGCAGGGUGCUGAAGAGGCCGUUAAAUGUCGAGGUUGAAAACGCUGACGUUUUCGUCACCAAGAGAAUCAAGUUUACUCAACAGGAUUUGGCGCAGAAGGAUCUAGAAAUGCUUGACCAAUACGUUGCCAAGCAGCGGUCAGAAAGCUUUCAAGCUUCUGCCGAGCACUCUGAACAAGUGACCCUGGACCAUGCAUGGAAAGUUAUUGAACCUUCUGUCGACCCAGCUGGCCCGUUAUUGGUGUUUGAACACACAGACACACCGAAAAUGGUGGGAAAGAGACCAAAAGAUCAGGUGGUUCCCUUGCUUGCGCGGAUGGAUAGCUAUGAGAGUAAAAGUUCUUCCUCAUUUCCAGAUCUGAAUGCGCCAUUUCUUCUUUCCACUGCAGUUGCAUGCACAGGUGAUGAGCCUAGUUCGGUGGGCCAUGCAAAUAGAACCUUGUCAUUUGUACCAGAUUUGAACACUCCUCUAGCAGUUUCUGUUGCAACUACAUACACAACCAACCAACCCACCAUCCAUUUUAUGGAGGACGGAGCGGCUGCUGCGACAUCAUGGUCUCCAGAGCCCAAAGCUGGAAAAGAAGAGGCAGGCCAAAGCUAUGACUUUGGGGGCGCAUCGUAUCAUCCUCUUGCUCUGAGUGAUGACAGAUACGCGUUAGACGGCUGCGCUAGUGGGGGAUCCACCUGGUUGGUUGGAAAACACGGCUGUGAGUGGGAAAACGGUGCAUUUCCUUCGGACCUCCAAACUCAAGGCUUGGAAGCUGGUGAGGCCUAUGAAUGUGAGCCACCACUGUCACUGAAGUCAACGAUUAACUCCAAAACGUGGACGUGGGGUCUUCAUGGGUUGCGACGCCGGUUGCAUGACACGGAAGGGCGUGCACCGCCAUCUCGCUCCUUGCGGGACAGCAUUCGUUUCAGUGACCCACUUGUGGUCCGGCCAUCUGGGCAGCAAGUCUAGAGGAAGCUUGCAUUCCAGAACAAUUUUGAGAGGAUUGAGAGGUUCUUACCCUGUCGCACCCAUUUUUUUGAGGACUUUUAUGUAGCAAGCCACACACAAUCCCUCCUUUCAUUCCUCCAGCAAGCUGCCUUAUAAGGAAGGCUGUGUUGACUUGGUUCUGAUAGGGAAACUUGCUGUUGUGAAUAAUGCCUGCUGUCCUUGUGAUUACAUCGUAGUGUUUUCCUCCGAUGUAUUCUCACUCACUCCCUCCCUCCCUCCCUCCCUCCCUCCCUCCCUCACUUUGUAUAAUGCUUACUAUGCUUUCAGAGAUUUUCUUAGCUACGCAUCAAAUUCAGGACAAUUACUGAGAGUGAGUAUAUAUAGAUAUAGAUACAAAGAUUGAUAGACUGAUAGAUAAAAAGAGAUGAUCAAUCAGUUCUGCAAAUUAGUAACGAGUGGGAAAUUCUUAGUUCAAUUAAUGGGAUUUAUUCUAACUUUUGGUAUUGUGAGUGGCAUAUCUGAAACGAUGUCCGUCAAUCGUUUUUUUGAAGGUGAAAUAAAUGUCUGGGAUGUGUUGUUGUUCUUGUGA